CGGGUACAUUUUCAUUAAAUAAUUCCUAACGUAUGGAAGGACACGUAAUAUGUUCUUUCAACUAAAAUACAAAAUGGAGAGGAAAACUAACAACAGCGUGUUCUAACUGCAAUUUAGUUAAGGAUUAAUUGGAACACUGUAACAGCAUAUAUCCACUAUAUAGAUAAGAUCAAGUAUUAUCUGUUAACCCUGAAAUCGUACUUUACACUUGAGUUUUUCCCGAUAAACCGCGGAAAGUUGUUUACGGCAUUCUCGAGCGAUUACGAGAGGCUUCUCCGUAGCUAUGUAAUGCAGAAGAGCCGACCAGGCGCGUAUUUGACGAGCAAGACCUAAUGGAACGAUCAACAAAUACGCCGCAUCUUUUCCGCAUUCUUCCUUGAAUAUCGCGGUUGUAAAACGUCGCCGCCGGCGCCUCUCGGAUCGGACGAGGAGCAGCAGCACGUGUUUACCUGAUGAUCACGCACGAUAAGGGGCUACGACGUAGACUUCCGGUCCGGCGGCGUGUGCGCGUCGGAAGGUAAACAAUAGGAUCGGCGACGCUGAGAGAGGACACGCGCGAUCGAGAGACGACGAAAGCGGUGGGAAGCCUCGAGAGAGGUUUCCGAGGAGGAAGAGGUACGUGGAGUUUGGAUUCUCGGGAGCAAGGAGACGUCGUUCGCGGCGACGGUCGUCGAGAACGACCGCGGCGAAACCUAACCUCGUUCCACGCGGCGGUCACGUUGCGCAGACAGAGAUGAGAUCGCCCGCCUCGCUGGGGAUAAUCGCCCGGACGCGAGGGUAAGAGCCGCCGACCGAAGUUUCCGUUUCAAGCACGACAAUGACAACGACGACGAUGACGACGACAACGAUGAUGACGACAACGACGACGACGGCGGCGGCGGCGGCGGCCGCCGCGACCUCGUGCGAGGCAGGACGUGCGCCGUCGAUCGAGCGCCGAUCCGCUGCUCCACGUGAUCGGUGUCAGCGCGGCGCCGUGAACGAGGACGGCGGAAUGUGCGACAAGUGCGUCAUCGGCUACUGGGUACCCGAGAAAAAGCGGCAGAAGUUCAACUGGACCGAUUUCGAGAACAUAUGCGAGUCCGAGGGAUUCCGGUUAAAAAUGAUUGAUGUAAAUUUGAGUCUCGAGAAGCAGGGACCAUUACACGUUUUCAUACACAAGCUGACAGAUAUGCAGUCGCAUGCAGAGAGUGGUGAUAAAAAUGCUGAAGAUAUUGUUUCGCGGCUUCAGGAGUACAUUGCCAAACAUCCAGAUUUGAUCGUUAUCGAUCCUCUGGACAAUAUUAGGAACUUAAGCAAUCGUUUUAAAUCUUACGAGUUUAUACAAGAGGGCAUUCAAUUUAAAGAUAUAUUUACUCCAAAUUUUGUAGAAAUUAAAAGCAGUAAUGUCCAUGAAAUAGCGUUGACAUUAAAAAAGCGUGAUAUUAAAUAUCCGUUUGUUUGUAAACCACUUAUUGCGUAUGGCUCGAGCAAUGCGCACAAGAUGAUGAUCAUCUUCAAUGAAAGGGGUUUGAAAGAUUGUCAACUACCUUGCGUCGCUCAGGAUUUCAUUAAUCAUAACGCUAUUUUAUAUAAGUUAUUCGUCGUAGGCGAUCGUUUUUACGUGGUUGAGCGUCCUAGCUUUAAAAACUUUUACCAAGAAGACUGUAAUUCAUUGAGUACGAUAUUCUUCAACUCGCAUGAUAUAUCAAAAAGCUGUAGUAGGUCUAAGUGGUCAAUACUGUCCGAAGAAGACAUUCCUUUAACUGUGAAGCCAAAUCACAAAAUAUUCGAAAGAAUUGUUAAAAAUAUUCGAGAGAUCUUUGGUCUCAUUCUAGUUGGAAUAGACGUCGUAAUUGAAAAUCAUACUGGAAAGUACGGGAUAAUAGAUGUUAAUGUGUUUCCCGGAUACGACGGUUAUCCGAAUUUUUUUGAACAUUUAAUAGAUAGUAUUAAGAAGUUGUUGAUAGAGCGAGAAGUUUGCAGACAAAACUCCAAGGGUUGUACAUUAAAAAAGUGUCAGAGCGACGAUUUAGACUCUGGUUUUGAGAGUGACGAGAAGAGGAAAUGUUCCACAAAAUGAACAUGUGAUGGAUAAUGUUAAUUUUAGAUAAAAUUAAGCUGUAUUAGUAUUAAUCGCGGCAGUAGUAUCAGUAUCGACAUUUCGUUAUUUUGUAUUCAUCUAUAUAUUUUUCUAAUGAAAUUCGGCUCUCUUAUAACUCUUCGCACAGUUUAAUUCAAUAAUAAAUUUUUUAUAUUAAGUUUUAUAUUACAUUGAAAAUCAUGCUUGGCGCGUUGCUUAUUUCGUAGAUUUGUAUGAAGUACGAAUAUUUGAAUUGUUCACAAAUUUGAAUCCUAUAUUUUGUAAUAAAUCCCACAGUACAACAUCACUACGACUGCCAGAGAAGAUAUUUUGUACGUUUUACGUGUAUACAAUUUUGCAUUUCUGCGAUGAUGUCAUAUGCCUGUGAGCUGUUGAAAAUAUUAAGUACAUAUAAUGAAAAGUAUGCGGCGCGAUAAAACAUACAAACAUAUAAACAAUCGAAAUAAUCGCAACAAUGUGAAUGAGUACUUUUAAGUUUAAUGUUUACAAGUAAUUAAAUUAGUGGCUAUUAUUUUUUAAAUUGUUUUUUUAAUAAAUAUCUUGUUAAUAGAAGAUGUACAUAUUACAUCUAUUUAUUGUUUCUAUUGCGAUUGUAUCGAUUAAUUUUAAAGGCUAAUAUAUAAUGUGCUCUUCUUGUUUUCUUGCUUUUUGUUUCUUUGCGCAUUAUUUUAUAAAGACUCUUGUUUUUUUGUCUUUUCGCGGAGUUUGUUUUGGGCGAUAGAAAAUGAAAUAACAUCUGAAUGGCAAGGAAAACAUUAGACAGAAAGCGAGAAACAAGAUUCAAAGAACAUUAUAGAUUAGCUUCGAAAUAUUAAGUAUAGUAUAUUAAGUUAUCUACUGAAAGUUGUAAUUAUUUAAAAUAUUUACUUCCAAAAUAAGAAAUGUUUAAAAUAUUCAAGGUAGACGUUCAAUUUAAGGUAACUUUUAUUUAAGUUGGUGAUUCCUAUAAAUAUUUUAUUCAAUUUUAUUGUAUAUGAAGGAAUAUCAACCGUUUACUUAUUUAUAUGUACAUAUAUUUUAUAUGAAUAAAUUGUACACAGAAAAACAAAACAAAAGUCACGAAAAUGUGCUGCAAUUUGACAAGGUGAUAAAAAUAAUGAUUUAAGAUACACAAUAAAAUCUAUUUUCAUUAAAAAUAAUGUUUUAAUGAAAUUGCACAAAUUGGAGCGCAUUUUAUAUUUAUAUAUUCAUAUGUCGACGUGUAUUUUAAAAUAUGUUUAGGAAAGUUUCUAGUGAUUUGAUUUUUGCAUUAGCUCCAAAUCUGAUGAAAUUUUAGGUCCCCUCUUUUUAGCUGAACUUUUUGCAUUUAAUUGUGCAAUAUUCUACCUUUUUUCUCUUUAUAUUAGGAAGAAAGAAAAGGAAAGAUAAAUUGUUGCAGAAGUUCAGUAAAAUAACAUCUUAAUUUUCUGUUCACAGAAAGACUCCAAUACAUUGUGAGAUUGACAAAGAAUGAUAAAAUAUUCUCUAAGAAUUUCUAAUUUAAGUUAUGUGACAAGAUUAUUUUCAAUAAAUAAGAAAAAUUUGCCAGAAAAA